AUGCUGAAGCUUUUCGCCAUCGGAAUAUGGGGCGCCGUGGCAGUCACUGUCCUUGCGGCAGACAAGUCCUUCCCACCAUACUUCGGCGAUCUGAAAUGGGAAGAGCCGAGAUAUCUGUCAAAUUGGUCCAGUUUGACGGUGGAAACGCGCACUGGGACGUUUAUCGGCAUGCUCAAUAAUACGUAUCCCAAUGUGCGCCAGUUUUUGCGCGUUCCCUUCGCACAGCCACCUGUUGGUGAUCUCCGUUGGAUGCCCCCGCAGAAACUUCCAUCUUCGAGCAGAAAAUAUGAUGCCACUAUCUAUGGCCCUGCUUGUCCUCAGUAUGUUUCAGCUGAAGACUCAUUCUGGAAAGACUAUGAACCGGCAAGUUUUGUGAUCAACCUCGGGGAGAACUUAACCCAGGGAUCGGUCACUUGGUCUUCAGCUGAAGACUGUUUAUCUAUUGCAAUAUGGACUCCUGCUUCAGCCGACAAAAGCUCCAAGCUCCCAGUAACACUGUUCGCAACUGGAGGUGCUGGAGUUGAAGGCGGAAUUAUGAUUCCGGCUCAUCUGCCAACGCAGUGGGUGUCGCGGUCUCAGGAGCAUAUUGCAAUUGCCUUGAACUACAGAGUGAAUAUCUUUGGAAAUCCCAAAUCUAGAGCUCUCAAAGAGACCUCGCUCAGCUUGAUGGAUAUGCGCGCCGCGGUCGAGUGGAUUCACGAGAAUAUUGAAGCCUUUGGUGGAGAUCCUGAUAAUAUUUUUCUUUGGGGCCAGUCGCAAGGAGCAGCCUUAACCCACCUAUACACUCUCGCCUAUCCAGAUGACCCGCUGGUGGCAAGCUACGGUAUCAUCUCACAAGAGCCUGGCACCACUCUUGAUCUCCCUACCACGGAUGAUCCCUACCUAGACUUUGACAUCGUUGCCAAGGCACUUGGCUGCAACUACGGCGACGAUGCUGAGGCAGAACUCAAUUGCAUGCGCAUGAUUUCUUGGGUUCAGAUUGAAGAAUACAUCAAUCGCUACCAAGGCACGCCGCCGAUAUCUUUUAUGGAGUAUAUCCCGGAUGAAACAUACAUCUUCUCCAACGAGACAUUGCGCUACUUAGAGGGCAAGGUAGCCAAAGGUCCAGCUAUUCGAUCAUUCGCGACUCGAGAAAUUGCGGUUGACAACAAUAUUACAUCCUCGCAAGAAGACGCACGCCAGUGGGAUUGUCUCGCAGCUUCUGACACGGCUCUCCGGUUUUCGCAUGGUCUCGAUACGUAUCGAUAUUUCUGGGCAGGCAAUUUCACCAACAUCAGCCCGGCUCCUUGGCUAGGAGCCUUUCACUACUCUGAUCUGCUCAUGAUCUUCGGCACUUAUGACAAGAACGUCGGAGAAAUCUCCCAACUCGAAGUCGACACUUCCAAUGCCAUGCAAGACUAUCUGCUUGCUUUCAUUAAGAACCCUUCCACUAUCUCACAGAUGGUUGGCUGGCCGCUAUUUGAUCCUACUGAGCCAGAUGGUGGUCUCAUCAUCGAGUUUGGCAAGGAUGUUCCUGCGAAGAAUAUUAGUGGGCGCUACGUGGACGGAGGUUGCUACCAUCCUUCGAUUCCAUUCCGGGUUGAUAAAUGA